GCCUCCUGUCCACUAGAUGGUGAUCUCCUUUGGUCCCAGUGUUUACAUCGCUGCUCUACGCUAAAAGUCCGGCUGAGUCUCAUUUAAUGAACGCUGUCUGUGGGUGAACAGAGGGACUGUAAAUACAAACCGACAUAAAGUUCAUUCAUGCGAUAUUAUGUGUUUAAUCCUGAACUGGACCUGUGAGAAGUUCGCUCCUGGUUUCAGUUGUCUGUUAGCGCCAGUGAGAGGAAGAUAAACACUAAACAUGUGUGACGGUGAUGUUAGCACCUCAGCCACUUGUAUCGUCCCGCUUCACCACCGUUGGGACCUGGAGGAGGCAUGUGCUGAGCUUUUGAACACCCAGUGGCCACGCAGCAUGGGAGCGAGGUUGCACUCGCUUCGUCAGUCGAGUAACAGCUACCCUGCGUGUUUAGUUCUGCUGGAGGGCAGGAAGCUGAUUGGUCAUGCCCGGGUAUCGCGGGUGCUCGGUAGCCGAAGUGCAUUUGUGGAGUCAGUGGUGGUUAGCAGUGAGCUGCGGGGCAAAGGAUACGGACGAGCUUUGAUGGAGGGGGUUGAGCACUAUGCUCGUACUCAUGGCUUUACCCGCCUUUACUUGACCACUCAUGACAAGCAGCAUUUUUACGCCCACCUGGGCUUUGUGCUGUCGCGACCUGUUCAGAACGUUGGCACACUGGCCUCAAUUCUGCCAAUGGAGAUGCUGCACAAGUUCUGCAGAACAGCCAGCAAUGACAGAGAUGUAGAGAAACAGAGGAACGAUGAGUCUCCCAAAGCACCAAAUGCUUCUCUUCCUCCUUCACCUCCACCUCUACCACCCCCACCUCCACCUCUACCACCCCCACCUCUACCACCCCCACCUCUACCACCACCACCUCCACAUCAAACAGGUUUUUCAUCAAAAUCUUCAUCAGUCCACCCUCCUGCUCCUCCUCCACCACCUACUCCUCCUUUGCCUCCCAUUAACCCCUCACUCUCUUCUGUCCCUCCACCUCCUCUGCCCCCUCCUCCCUUCUCAUGGGCCCCUGUUGAACAGACUCUGGAACAGACGCCAUACACAGAUAAUAGAGGACUGCCAGUCUUCUGGAUGCACAAAGACAUCUGAUACAGACACUGACAACUCAGACUGUAAACCCACUGUUUGUAAGUCUUUUACCAACUGAAAAAUGCUGACUCAAGAAGUUUUGUGAAUAUAAAAAGACUACACACCCCUGUUACAAUGCCAGGUUCUUGUGACCAAAAUGAAUAAUCUUAGAACUUUUUCUACUUUUAAUGUGACCUAUAAUCUGUACAAUUUAAAAACAGACUGUAAACUUUUGGGUGAGAGGGGGGUUAAAAAAACCUACAAUAAUGUGUAUAAACACCCUUUAAUUAAUAAUUUGUUGAAGCACUAUUUGAUUUCAUGACCGUAUUCAGUCAUUUUAGGAGGCUAUCAGCAUCUGGCCAGAAACUUGAUAUGGAAGAAUGCUUUGGGUUGUUGUCAUACUGAGAGGUAAAAUUCCUCUUCAUCUUCAGCUUUUUAGCCGAGGCCUGAAGGUUUUGUGCCAAAUUAGAGCUGGGCGGUUUGACGGUACAUUCGGUAUACCGGCUUUGAUUCCUUGUACGGUAUUUAUUUUCAUUUUUAUAAUUUCCUCUACCUUGACCAAAGCCCCGGUUCCAGCUAAAGAAAAAUAGCCCCAAAGCAUAAUGCUGCCACCACCAUACUUCACUGUGGGUAUGAUGUUCUUUUGGUGAUAAGCACUGUUGCUUUUGCACCAAACAUACCCUUUGGAAUUAUGGCCAAAAUGUUCAAACUACAUGUUCAAAAGUUUAAACCACUUGAUUUAGUUUAUGCAAAAUGUAGCUAGGCUUGGAUGUUUUUAUUGCCACACAACCCCACAGCCCAUAUAUAUGUGGAAUAUGGAAAAUUGUUGACACACAGUAAGCAACCAGUAGUUGUCAGAAGUUCCUGGAAAUUUUGCAGAGACGCUCAAUUCUUGGUUGUGUCACAAUUCCCAUUGUGCCACAUUUUAUUCACUUGUUGAUGACCGUUCUCACUGUAUUCAAUGAUAAAUGUAGCCUUGAAUAAAUGAAGCCUUGGAUAUUUUUGUGCUCUUCUCCUGACUGAUUCUUUCAACAAUGAGAUCCCUUUGAUAGUUGGUAAGCUCUUUGUGGACCAUGGCUUUUGCUGUAAGAUGCAACUAAGCAAGUGUCAGGAAAAUCCUACUAGAACAGCUGAUUUAUAUGGUUAUUCAGAGUUGCUUUAACUGAUGUGGGUACUGACUACUGUGAGGAGUUUGAAUGUUAUUGGUUUAUUUUGAACACGUCCACAUUGCCAAUUAUAAGAGGGUGUGCAUAGUUAUGCAGCCACUUCUGAAAUUAUUUAUCUUGGUCUGAUUUUUACAUCACAAAAACCUGGCAUUUUAACAGGGGUGUGUAGACUUUUUAUAUGUACUGUAGCUCAGGGUAAUUUGCCCUAAAAGAGAUUGUGCUUUCUGACUGUAAAAUGUGUUCAAUAUACACAGUGUGUCUUAAGAGUUUUAUAUUUUUAACAUAUUUUACAGAGACAAUAUUACCAUGCUGAUUCUAAACCAGACAUCAUUGCCAGCCUAUUUGGAAUUGCUUAAUGGUUGUGCUGUCUUGAAAUAAAAGUGCAAUAAUAA